AUGAGCCACCAGAACCCCGAGGCACGCGUAACGCUGGAGCAGCUGCUUCAAGAGCUGCCACUCGAGGAUGGCGGGCUGGUGCCCCUGGCGGUGAUCGUCGAAAGAAUUACAAAUUCGGCGUAUCAAGUGAUCCAGAGUCUGAGUGACACGCUUCCGUCGCUAUCGAGCGACGCCAAACGCGCCAAAAUAUUCACGGCAGCACUCGAGUUACGCCGCCUCUUUGUCAAGCUGCUUGUCAUCGUGCGAUGGACAAAGGAUGCCAAGUUGCUCCAUCGCGCACGAAAUGUUGUAGCGCUGCUUGUCGAGCAGCAAUGGGCCCAUGAGGAUGCAUUCUCAGGCCUGACGCAAGUGCGAAAAAUUUUGCCGAAUGCACGAAUGAGUGAUGCAGACUUUGUCACUGCCAUCGAUGUGCUGUGCACGGGAACAUACCAACGCUUACCAGCGUCCAUCAAAGACAGCACAGUUAUGCCGACGCCUCUCAAUAACGAAGAGGCACGCAGCAUCAUGGCGAAUCUCGACCGCAUACUGCGAGCGCGACUCGCAUGGACAGAGUCCAUCCCGAUGAAGCUACGACUACAGCGCAUAGCCGAUGGGAAGGCUUACAUGGAGAUGCCUGGUCUAUAUGACAUGUGCCUCACCGUACAAGGCCCUGAGAAGCAAGACCGUUGGUGGCUCCUCGAUUUUCACUUUGCUGAUCAAGUCGAUGAAGAUGACCAAGAGUCAACAUGGACUGAAGCUUACCUAGAUCGCAUUCAUGAAAAGGCUGAGGCGAUGUUUUCUUCAGAAACAAGCGAAGACGAUGAACCAGCGCUUAUGCGACUGCAUCACAUGCUUGAGCAGGAGGCACUUCAGCGCCAGCUGCAUAUCAUGCAUCGCCAGCUUCAGCGCAUGUCCAGUUCCAAUUGGGGAAGGCAUAUCAGCUACACCCUGAAAGAGCAUGUAUUGGAUAUCACGUACUGGAAUGGACACAGCGAGCUUCAAGGCCAUAUCACCCUUCAGCUUGAAUCGCUGCCACUACAAGGCCCCAAUCGUGUGCUGUCAGAGAUCAUGUCUGGCACAAAUGUCACUGCGAAGCAGAACCGCAUCCAUGUACAGUGGCAUUUGGAAGACGAGGUCCGUGCGCAUGUCCCGCGAGAUGAACAAACGUGUGCCUUGGAUCGCUUGGAUAUCGAGGCAUUAGUGCUCUUGUGCAUUAGGCGCCAUUCGCACGCGCUCAUGAAACGAUUCGAGGCAGAAAUCGGGCGCUUCGAAGGGCUUGGCGCAGGUAACCCAGGCUUAUGUCGACUUUGCACGCACAAGGACAAUGGCUACGGACCCCAGUACUCUCUCCAGCUCCAGUUGACAGAAACGGUGCGUAUCAUGCUGUACAUUUCGACAAUCUCUGGCCGGAUCGGACUGAAGCUGCUCGAAGCAAACCCGAACGAGAUGGCUUUAUCACUGAGUCAGAGUCAAAAUGCCGCGUUGCAGCAAAUGGCAGACCGCAUUCAGACCAACUUGUCGUGCGUUGCCGACACAAUCUUUGCAUUCCGAAUGCAAUGCUUGACGAAAAACCUGCAGCUCAAGAUGGCAUGGCUCGGUUUGCCGUGCUCGGCAUCCAUCUCUCUUCGCUCGGGUGAAUUCAGCAGGAUGGGAUUGCAAAAAGGGCAUCCUCUUUUGUAUGUCCCACUCGGCAUUUUACCUGGUUACCAUUUUUUGCUGUAUUUCGAGCCCAAGCAACAACUUGGCAUGGCCCUUGUUCUCAUCGCAUCUGAGAUGGAAAACGGCAAGAUAACGAAGGUGAUCAGCUCUGUUAAGUGGUUGAAUAAGACACACCUGUCUCAAUUCUCAAUUCAAGAUUCGAUGCUGGUCAAUACGCCGGCUGACUUAGCCAGUGAGCCACACGAUUCAUAUACGAAAGACCGAAUUCACACGGAAGAACUCGAGUUGGCUUUGCAUUACAGCGUAGCCACAGUCGUGUACUCUCAUCUGGAGGAGCAGCUACGCCUCAAGCUUGUCCCAUUUGUGCUUUUGGAUGGCACGUCGCAUGCCACCACUCCGCCCACGGGUAAAAGUCCAGAUCCAUUACUUCCCAGUCUCUGUGUCCAAGCUUGUAAAUUACUCACCUCGUAUCAGGACCUUAUUAAGCCCAACAUGUCGCUUCAGCUGUGUGAGUGGUGGCUGCCCCUCAGGCGCAGAGUCGUUAUGCACUUCAAAGUCAAUCUGAAGGAAUAUUACGACAUGGAAUCGCUGCAACUAUCUGACAGAUUGAACUUCGAUCCCAGGUCAGGUGUAUUUACUUUUACGUGCUACGAAGUUACAGCAUGUCUUACCAAGUUCCAGCAGAUUUGGCAACAAGUUGCCCGCUUUUGUUUGUUGCUAAACACUCUUUCUUCCUGGAACGCGUCCAACUUCUUCUUGACUCUACAGUCACUGAGCUGGCAACAAGUGAACAUAACCUAUGGCGAAAAGGAACACGAUCACCCUUACUUUCUGCGAGUCAAAUUCAACAUGGUUGAACCUCUCGAACAACCCCGCUAUAUUUUGGAAUGCGGUGUUCAACACAGUGCCAUGUCCAACCCACACCAGUAUAUCCUAAGAAUUCUUGAGCGAAGCUUGAAUGUACUCACAAGUGACGCUGAAAAUAUCUGGUUUACCAUGUUCCAAACUCUGGCAUCUACUUUACCAAUACUGUCUCAGCUACAUGAUCUCAUUCAAAACGCUGUCGUUUCGGCUGACUGUCCCGAUGUGCAAAUUAUGGAUGCACAAUGGUACCGCGUCCGGUUCUACGAAGUUCAUGCACUUGAUCUACGUGUGAUGCCUGAUAAUCGCCUACUUAUGACAGAUACCUGUGAAAAUUCGGCAAGCAAAAAGACAAAAGACAUCACCGAAGCAUCUAGUAGCUCGCUGCUAAGGCCCCUACCAAACUUGGCCUCACUAUGGAAUGAAAUCGUAACCGAAACAGCUACACAUGGAACAUCAAGGGCAUCCAAUCACGACCGCACGUCCAACCCAAACAUGGUAACAGUUUCAUUGUUACCUAAUCAAGAGAACAUCCACACAUUAAUCAAAAAUAUUCAGGAAGAAAUAAAUUUAUAA